AUGGGGGAUUUUAACUCCAAAUCGACAAUUUGGGGCUCUCCCAAGACGGACGCCAAUGGAAGGGCCCUUGAAGAACUCGUGGCGGCCUGCAAUCUCGUUGUGCUCAACGAGGGUACGCAACACACGUGCGUCCGGCGAGACGGCAAGUCUAUAGUGGACGUGACUCUCGCGUCUCCGUCCGCCGCGCGCCGUGUGGACAAGUGGAAAGUCAGGGAAAAUAUGGAGACCCUCUCCGAUCAUCGGUAUCUCACUAUGAGGGGGUGGGUCCUUCGACAACUAGACCCACAAUUCCUGUCUGCCGCUGCUCAAGCCGCGGCUUGGCCAGCAUCACCGGCCGAGCCGCGGGACCUCCGAGCAGAACUUCAGUGGCUCUGGGAGACGCUGGUCGCGAUAUGCGACGCAGCGAUGCCGCGCUCCCGUGGUCCACCAAAUCAGAGGUCGGUGUACUGGUGGACGGACAAGAUAGCCAAUCUUCGGAUUGAGUGCGUCCGGCCCAGAAAUCGGUACACCCGCGCCCGUCGCCGAAAGACCGGCGACGUGGCGGCGCGAGCAGCGGAGGCGUACGCGGGUUAUCCCGCUGCGUGCAAAGCCCUGCGUACGUCUGUUGCGAAGGCAAAGGCCAAAGCAUGGGAUGAGCUCCUCGAGACAAUCGACGCGGAUUCAUGGGAGCGCCCUUACAAGUUGGUAAUGGGAAAAAUUCAGCUCAUGGACUCCGCCGAUCACCGAAAGUCUUGA